AUGGCACAGCAACAUCCUUAUCAAAGAGUUGAUAGUGUACCAGAGCCGGAUCCAGCGGACAUUAGCAGCAGCAGCAACAACAAUGACGAUAAAAAUCAAGAACAAAUUCAAGUCUCAUCAUCAUCAUCAACAGUGACAACACCAAAGCUAGUAAAUAACAUCAAUGAUGAAGUGAAUGCUCAAGGUGUUACUGCUCCUCCUUCCCUUUCUUCUUAUUCUCCAAUGACUACAACUAUGGUUUCCUACGAUCAACAAUCACAAACUUCACCAAUAUUUUACGCAGAACCAAUACAAGAUCGAAAUUUAAAUUUAAAUAAUAAUAAUAAUAUCAUUACUAUUCCGUCGCCGAUUACUUCAUAUGAAGCAUCUCAUUCCAAUAAUAUUUAUCAAGCUCCAAUUCACAAUAAUUUAUCACAAUAUAAUGGACAGCUGCCAUUAAUAUCACCAUCAUUAAUACCACCGACUGAUAAUAAUCGAAUCGCACAGUAUGAUAAUUUGCAACCACCACCAAACUAUCAAAAUCAAGGUCGAGAACCGGAUAUUAAACAACCUUCAUCAUUAUCUUCUUCUCAUCUUCCUUCUACUCCUCAUCAUAGUACUGCUAUCGAAAUGGGAAUAAUCAGUGGUGAUGAUGCAACAAAAAUUGCUAAUACGUUACAGACUGAUAAAUCAAUUAGAAUGGCAUUUGUAAGAAAAGUAUACUUUUUGUUGACCGCACAGCUGGCUGUGACGAUUGGAAUUUCUUUAUGGUUCAUGAAUCAUACUGUUUCAACAUUUGUGCUCACUCACUCACACUUAUUAAAUCAUAAAGUUUCAGUAUAUAAUUCAAAAGUGGUACUUCAAGCAUUCAUUAUUACAUUUGGUGUAUUCAUUGCACUUGUAUUAUUCACACUACAAUCAAAAAUUGAUUUCUCUGCAUGGGGACCAUUCUUAUAUGCGGGUCUUUGGGCGAUAAUAUUGGCAGGAUUCAUUGGAUGGUUGUUCCCAUUCGAACGUGGAUAUCAUAUUGCAAUUAGUGGUAUAACGGCAUUAUUAUUCUGUGGUUAUAUUAUUUACGAUACUUAUAUGAUAUUCAAUAAACUUAGUCCUGAAGAAUAUGUAUUAGCGGCAAUUGAUCUAUAUCUAGACAUUCUAAAUCUAUUUGUGGCAAUUCUAGCAUUACUAGGUGGCGCUGAUGGUGGAAAUUAG